AUGUUCAAUACUACAUUAAAUAAAAAGUUAACUGAAUACCAAUUAAUUUUAGGAUCAAACUCGCCUAGACGACGGGAAAUACUCAAAAACAAUUUAGGAAUCAAAGAAUUUGUUGUAAUAGGAUCAGAUUUUGCGGAAGAUUUAGAAAAACUGGAUAAAACACCUUUAGAAUAUGUCCAAUUAACAAGUAAACAUAAAGCAGAGGCACUACUCGAAGUCUAUAAGGAGAAAUUUAGUAAUAAAGAUGCAAUUAUACUUACUUGUGAUACAAUUGUGACGGCCAAUGGUCGAAUCUUUGAAAAACCAAAGUCAAAACAUGAACAAAGAAAUUAUUUUGAAUUCUAUAAAAAACAUCCAGAUCUAGAGGUCAUAUCAGCUAUUACUACCAUCAAGAUCAAGAAAGAUAACAUUAGCGAAUAUUUCGAUCAUAGUAUAACAAAGUUGAAAUUUAAGCCAAAUAAUGAUGAAGUUAUGACUGCAUAUAUCGAGAGUGAGGAAGGCUUGGAAGUAGCAGGUGGGUUCAAAUAUCAAGAACUAGGCUGUCUACUAUUUUCUGAAAUAUCUGGAGAUUAUUAUAAUGUUGUUGGAUUGCCAACUUCAACUUUCGAAUUACUAAAUAGAACCGUAACUGAAAGUUAA